CCGACAACCAAUGUCACCGUUCGACUUGUUGAUGGCAGUCGUCUAGUAUUACAUCUGAACCAUAGCCAUACGAUUUCUGAUAUCCGGAGCUUCGUCUGCGAAUCUCGACCUGAAUAUGCCUUGCAGCCUUUUUAUUUUAUGACCAGUUAUCCGAGCAGAGAGAUAGAGGACGAACAUGCAACGCUGGCCGAGGCGAACCUGCUGAAUAGCCUCAUCGUGCAGCGUCUGAAGAAGUAA